AUGAAUUCUCCAGGAACAAACUACGAGGAUAACAGUAUCGGUGGCAUCGCAGCAAGCACAGAUGUCAGGGGCAAGGCCGCAGACUCAUAUACUCUGUUAAAACAGGAUGCAUUGAUGUUAUUGGCUCUCGCAUGCCUAAGCUUGAUGGCUGCUUUAGAUGGAACUUCCAUUUCCGUGGCCUUACCAGUUAUAUCUGAAGAGUUGAAUGCCUCCACAAUUGAAGCUUUCUGGAUUGGAACUUCCUUCCUGGUUUGCUCUGCAGUGUUCCAACCAGUGUUUUCUUCGUUUUCUGAUUUGUUCGGCCGCAAACCAUUUGUUCUCCUCGCGAUAACUUUGUUUUUUAUUGGAGCAGUCGUGGCUUGUAUUGCUAAUGAUACUCUGCACAUGUUCAUUGGCCGAUCACUUCAAGGUGUUGGGGGAGGUGGAAUAAUCACAUUGACAUCAAUCGUCAUCGCGGACAUUGUUCCUCUCCGACAUCGAGGAAAAUAUUUGGGAAUGCUCGGUGCAAUUUGGAGCUUGGGAACGGUAAUAGGACCGGUUGUCGGGGGUUGUUUUACGCAAAAGGCUUCAUGGCGCUGGGUAUUUUACAUCAAUUUACCAUUUAUCGGGAUUGGGUUGAUAUUGGUCGCAUGGUCGUCGAGCUUUCGGACCGGCAAGAUAUCCGUCUCUAGCCAUUGGAGAAAGAUAGACUUCAUUGGGAUUUUUCUAUUCACCGCCAGCACAGCAUCUUUUUUAAUCCCAUUAUCCUGGGGAGGUAUAUUAUAUCCAUGGGAUUCAUGGCAUACAUUGACCCCUUUGAUUACUGGUACAAUUGGUUUAUGCACAUUUGGAGCAUUCGAGUGCCGUAUUGCUAUACAUCCAAUCAUUCCACCAGCGAUCUUCAGCAACCGAACUGCGUUGAUCUUAUUCACGGAAUGUAUAGCUCUUGGGUUGAUGAUCUGGUGUUGCCUUUACUUCCUCCCGCUCUAUUACGCUGCCGUGAAAGGGUUGGGUCCCAUCAUGACUGGAGUUGCUCUGUUCCCCGAAACCUUCACAGUCGCUCCAGCUGCAGUUGUUAUUGGGCUUCUCAUUAACUAUACAGGCCAGUACUACUACAUUAUAUGUAUUGGAUGGUUUCUUUCUACCAUUGGAAUGGGUCUUUUGUGUUUGCUCAAUACGAAUACUAAAACGAUUGUGUGGAUAUUCUUGAACCUGGUACCCGGACUUGGCCUGGGAAUGAUCCUUCCUGCAGUCGCACUGGCCAUCCAGGCCUCAGCGAAACCAGAGAACCUUGCAAUUUCGGUGGCCAUGUCAACUUUCUUUCGAGGUUUUGGACAGUCAAUCGCGGUGGCGAUAGGUGGUGUGAUCUUCCAAAACCGGAUGAAAAGCAACCUCCUCAAAUAUCCCGCCUUAGAGACUUUGGCAGAGGAGUACAGUAGUGAUGCGGCUACUGUCGUACAGACUAUCCAGCGAAUGGAGGAUGGGCAAGUGAGAAUUGAUCUUCAGCAAGCAUAUGCCGACAGUCUCAAAAUCGUGUGGGCUUUUUGUUGUGGUCUCUCCGGGUUAAUAUUAUCAAUGAGCAUUUUCACCAAGUCUUACGAUUUGAAUCGAGUAUUGGUUACCAAACGAGACUCCAGGGAAGAGAAUGCGUCAAAAGAAGGGAACCGAGCUGCUGAAAAUUGCUAG